AUGGAUAUAAUGAUUUUAUUUUGCCAGGGUGUUGAUCCCAUAUAUGAUGGGGUAUUUUACCUCAACGCCGAGCAUCAAAGAAGACUUAAAGAGGAAUAUGGAAUUGAACCAUGGAGGGUGGUUCAAAAUCUAGGAGAUGCAAUUUUCAUUCCUGCCGGCUGUCCUUUUCAAGUUAGAAACUUGAAGUCAUGUAUACAGGUUUCGACCGGUUUUGUGUCACCUGAAAGCAUACAUGAGUGCCUCCGUUUUACCGAGGAAAUUCGUGUCCUUCCCCGAGAGCACGUGGCCAAGGAGGACAAAUUAGGGGUAAAAAAAUUAAUUAUUCAUGCAAUAAGACAAGUAUCGAACGACUUGGAAGAGGUUACCAAAACGGAGACAGUGACUGAUAGCUUGGAUGUCAGUUCUGAUUCUUCAGUACAGGGUGGAUACAUGGGUUCAGACCUAGCAAAUUUGGAGAUCGAAAGCUAUUACCAAGAACCCAACCCAACUUUAGUACAAGGUGACUUCCAAGAAGAGGCUAAUAUAUCUCAGGAGGUUUCUGACAUCUUAACCCAACGCAUGAAAUCUGUUACCUCGGAUAAUUCUCCACGUCAAGUUCCCAGGUCAAUCCCUGCCGCGAUGGUUGAGUUCUUCAAUGAGUUGGAGGCACAAAUCCAGAAAGAAAAUGUGGAUGUGUUAAUGGUACUUCCUCCCCAAAUACAUCUGGAUGAAGAGAUCAUCCAGGAGUAUGAGAAGAGUUUGAAGAAACACAUGUCAGGACGCCUGCUUGACCUUGCCGAUGAUCCAAAUUUGCAAGACUUCAAUAGAGUCUUGCACUUUUUGCUUGCCUCUAGGAGGAUCCCCUCACAUUUGCAGCAGGGAUUCUUAGCUCUUCGCAGGGAUCUGCCAGACUUAACGAGUAGAGCAUACGAGCUUCACAAGGAAGUGAACCGGGGCAUGGUUAUGCCUCUGGCAAGGUCUAAAGAGCGAGAGGAACUGAAGAGCAUGUUGGGAAAAUAUCGCCAGAUCGAAGAAAAUAUGAUGAAAUUAGAAAAAGAGAAAGAUACCACCAUGCUCAGUAUAUCUAGGCUUCAAAUGAGAAAUGAACAACUCAACGAGGAAGUCACGAAUCUUAGGACAGCUGCUGAGAAUGAUGUUGGGGACCGGAGCAAAUUGUGUAACGAUGAGGCAUGGAAGCUGGAGGAGAAGAUAGAUCACAACUCAGCUGAGAUAGUCAGACUCCAGGCCACUAAUGAAGCCAUAGGCGCCAAACUUGUCAAAUUCUCAGAUGAAGCAAAGAGGUUACACAAAGAUGCCCAUGCCCAACAUUACAAAGUACUAAAUCUUGAGGCUAUGGCAGCGGCAUAUGAGAGAAACGUGGAGAAUACUAUGGAUAAGUUGGUUAUCAUGGAGCAAAAUUGGAAACAACAGGUCCAAGCACUAGACUAUUGAGUACCGUGCAACAAGCAUAAUGUAUACUUGUAACGUUUUCUUCUAAAAUGGUGGGACUGUGAAAGGGCUGCCAUCCUCAAACAAAGCUUCCUGUAUCUUGAAUAACAGCUUCCAAAAUAAAUGUUUUAAAUUAAUUUAUCUCAAUUUUUAUGUUGUAUAGCUAGUUA